AUGUCGGCUCAGAACUCCGCGGGCAUUCAGACCCUCCUCGAUGCUGAGAGAGAGGCUCAGAAGAUUGUUCAGCAAGACCGCACCAAGCGGAUAAGAGACGCCAAAUCCGAGGCACAGAAGGAGAUUGAGGAGUACCGCAGCCAGAAGGAGGAUGAGUUUAAGAAGUUCGAGGCCGAGCACUCGAGCGGAUUCAAGACGGCCGAAGCCGACGCGGACAAGGAGACCGAGGCGAAGCUGAAGGAGAUCGAGGCUGCAGGCAAGAAGCAGGGAGACAAGGUUGUUCAGGACCUGAUUAAGGCGACGACCGAUGUCAAGCCCGAUGUACCUGAGAAGAUUGUCAAGGCAUAG